AUGCAUCAAUCGCUGCCACCCACCACAGCCCCUACCGUCACGUCCAAUGUGACGGCAUCGUUCCCUAGCAACGAACCCCAAUCCAAAUCCGAGUCGGAACCACCACCAGAACCAAAAGACAAAUCAUCUGCACAACCCACCCUCCCCGGCGCCGGUGUAAGCGUGUCACAGAUGCAGCGCCAAAUCCAAUCGCACCUCAGCAACCCUCCGAGCAGGUUCAGUCUUCCUACCCGCCUUGCCGAAUCACUCAGGAAAAACCUGCCGGCCGCGACAAGAACCUACACUAUCUAUGGCCAAACCGAAGCGAUAUUCAAAUUCUGUGCGGCACCCGCCGACUACACCAUUCCACAGGAGCAACGAAUGAAUAUAUACACGGGAAAGGGACCGCCAAAGGCCACGGCACAAGAGGGGGCCGAACUGGGACAACCUCUACCCGAAAACAAGGACUCAUGGUGGUUCAGUACUCUUGAUUUGCCGCCUACCUUCUCGACCUGGUCGCAAGUAACGUUUCUGCACAUGUAUGUUGUCGUGACAAAUCUGCGGGCGAUGCUUGAAUCCGAAACCGAGUAUCAGGAUUAUCACCGCUACCUGAUCGAGCAUUUUUCAAGAGUGGCAGAGGACAAGAUGAUACUGUUGCACAAUCUUGCUGCUCAGGGUAUCCGAAGUCGGUACCUCAAGGACCUGUUUUUGCAGUAUCGGGGGAUACUGGCAUCCUACGAUGAAGGUCUCAUCAAGGGAGACGCGGUUCUCGCAAGCGCAGUAUGGAGAAAUCUAUAUCGUGCAGAUGAACAAGUGGAUUGGGAGAAGGUGUCUCUCAUCGUCGCGUAUCUGCGAAGAGCGGUCGGAACAGUUGGGCAAUUGACGUGGGAGGAGUUACUCCGGACUGUGAACAGCCAGACGGCGCCUUGGGCCUUUGAUCAGUCCGAACAGAAGCACCUCCAACAGCUAGUGGCUGCGAGGAGCAAGGGCAUGAACGAGACUCCUUGA